CGAUUGAUGGAUAAUUUUGAUUUUUCGUUUUCAAGCAAUAUAAUUUUAUUAACGUCGCACACGACACGCAUAUUUGCAUGUGUGACAAUAUAAAUUAGAGAACGCAUAGUUUGAAUGCGGAGUUAGAAUCGGAGUUAGAAUUUACGAUGAUGGUCCAAACUCUCAGUAGGUUUGCAGUACUCGAACUGAACGAAUAUCGUCUUAUCGUGCUCUCGAAAAAUAAAUUAUUUUACAAGUGAUCAUUGUUAGUGUAAAAGAAAAAAACGUUUUUAAAUCGUCCGAUUAAAAAUUAUUUCGAAUUUGUUCUAAACUCAAAGAUCACAUUCAUUUUCAUAUAAAAUACUUUUUUUCGAGUUAUUUGUAGAUUUAAAUAAAAACUUCAAAUAUAUGUGUUAAUAAAAUGACUUUAUUGCGAAUCGAGUUAUUUGGCCGACAAGGUAACAAAACAAACUCAAAACAAGCUGAAACGGAAAUAGCAAAGGAAGCUGUUUAACGAUUCAUGUUUUUGGCAGUGAAGUUGUACUAUAUAAAAGCCUCGUAGUGCUGCAACUCGCAAGACUAUAUUGAAGAUCAGAAACUAGCACUGCAAUUUACACUCGAAAAUCGUUGCCAAAGAGAAAGAGAGAGAGAGAGAGAGAGAGAAAGCCAUCAAUUGAAAUAUGGAGCUUAUGGUACCGACAGUUUCAGAUGUCAUUUUUAAAUACACCUGGUCCAUAGCUAAUUAUAAGAAAACAAUAUCGAAAAGCAGUUCGAUCGACAGUCCACAUUUCGAAUUGAAUGUUAAUGGUAUUCACAGUUCUUGGAAUUUAUCAAUAAGAUUUUGGAAAGGACCUGAGGGCAAGAGAAUCACAAACCCAGUAGUUUUGUGUUUGAAUAUUUUGAAUUGCAUCGUUGAAGAAGUUGAGCAAGCUAAAAUUCGUUUUCAAUUUGGUGUGUUUAAUGCCGAUGUCAAACACUGGGAAUAUUGUCACGUUAGUAGAACGGUAUUGGAAUUAAAAUCAAACAAUGAGAUUAUUUCACUUGGAUACAGAGAUUUGUCCAUUGUCGACAGACACCUGAAGAAAAAUGGUGAAGUCGAUUUAAUGGUCAAAAUACAAAUUAUACAAUGUGAAAGUGAAAAACAUAAUUUAUCUCAGGAUAUGGCCAAAUUGUUAAAACAUCCACGUACGGCAGAUACCAAAUUAAUUUGUGGCGGAUUGUCUGGUACAGUAAUACCAGUACACAGCAGCAUAAUUAUUGCUCGUAGCAACGUUCUAGCUGAAAUGUUAUCCCCUAUAUCUGAUUCUUCAAUAAAUAACGAGUUACAAUCAAAAAGAGAUGAAGACAAAAAUGAAUACAUGGAAGUCCAAUACUUGUUCUCAUUGGAAUUGUUAGACAUCUGCAAGGAAACGAUGGAUGAACUUUUACGAUAUAUUUACAGUGAUCACGUCGAUAAUUUGGAUAAUCUAGCACCGCAAUUAUUAUUUUUAGCAAAACGUUUCUGUUUACAAGGUUUGAAAGAACUUUGCGAGAGAAAUUUAAUCGAAACUAUAACACCUGAUAACGUUGCUAGUAGACUUUUAAUAGCAGACGAAUUUAGUUGUGAAUCAUUGAAAAGAGCAAGCUUAGCUUAUUGUGAAGAAAAUAUAACAGUACUUAAUAAAAGUUUAGCUUGGAAGAUGAUGGAACAAGUGAAUCCUGAAUUAUUUAAUGAAGUUUGCGAAGCUGGAAUGGGAAGUUCUAGAUCUAGUAAUAUAGAUGAUAGUGAAUUAAGUAAUUAAAAUUGAAUAUGAUGAUCUAUUUCAAUGAUUAACUUUAGUGAAAAUUCAUGUGAUUAUUGUAUAUUAUAUUUUAAGAUUACUUCAUUCGUUUAUUUUAAUUUUCAUCGAUCAUUUAAA